AUGUCUGGCACCGGUUUCUUUCCUCCUCCGCGUUACUCGCUGGGUGCGGUAUUUAAAUUCCAAUAUCCAACAGAUAGUGAGUGGACCAUUACCGCCAAGAAAUCCCAGAAGAACCAUCAGCUGGGUGAGAAGGAUGCCCAAAAUCUGGAUAAUUACUCAUAUUCGACCGCGACAUUCAUGGUUAAAAGCAAUUUGGAUGCACGAGAGGGCUUUAUGCGUGUCUAUGUCCAGGUUCCGCACGAGGGCCAAGAGUUUUUUCCGCGUGAAGAACGAGCCAAGCAAGCAGCAACUUCAUCACAUAGGGAGGUUUCGGCGAUGAAAGCUUUCCACGCAAAAGAAUCGACCAUAACACCACAAAUUUUUGGUCUUGAAGAAGCUACACAAGACGAUGAAGGAUUUGUUCCUGGUGGGUAUGUCAUUCACAUGGUCACACAGCGUCUUUCAGGGACCCGACUUGCUGAUGACCUUUUGGCUCCCGGGUAUGGACACCUGAAUACGUUCUUUCAGAAGUUUACUCGGAUCCAACGAGAUAAAAUUCGGGUAUGCUUUGAUAACGAAUUCCUCAAACUUUUGGCCAUGGGAUGGUUGCCAGAUUUUGAGUGGGCUACGCAUUUGAUAUGGAACGAAAGUUUAUCAACACUACAUUUUUUUGAUUUCCGAUGUGCCUACAAUCGUAGCGAGGAUUAUUUGCAGCCUAUAGCUCUCAAGACUACAAAAUUGGAUACCUGGAGCGAUUGGGGUCUUGCUACCCCCCUCCCCCGCCUGCUCGGCGUGUUAACGAGGCCGAUUCUUCAAAGUGGACACUUUAAGUAG